AUGGAUGUGAGGAAUCACAGUACCAUCUUCGAGUUCAUCCUUCUUGGACUAUCUGCUGACCCUCAUGCCCAGGCUCUCCUCUUUGUUUUGUUCUUGAUAGUAUACCUCAUGACUCUUUUGGGGAACCUAGUAAUAUUUUUGGUCAUCAGGACAGAUUCUCACCUUCAUACACCCAUGUAUUUCUUCCUGAGCCACCUGUCUUUCUUGGACUUUUGCUUCUCCUCUGCCACAGUGCCCAACCUACUGAAGAAUCUCCUGUCACAGAAGAAAAUCAUCUCUGUGAAGGACUGUCUGGCUCAAGUCUUCUUUCUGUCAGAUUCUGGGGGCACUGAAGCCUGCCUUCUUUCAGUGAUGGCCUAUGACCGCUAUGUUGCCAUCUGCUACCCUCUGCUCUAUGGACAGAUAAUGAGUAACCAGCUCUGUAAGGGACUAGUUUGGGGCUCCUGGGUCCUGGGGUUUCUGGAUGCAUUUAUUAACAUCCUUCUAGCUAUGGACUUGGACUUCUGUGGUAAUCAGUGCAUUCCCCACUACAGCUGUGAGCUGCCCUCACUCUUCCCUCUGUCUUGCUCUGACGUCUCCAUCAACUUUACUGUUAUGCUCUGCUCCAGUCUCUUGCAUGGACUUGGAACCUGUGUUCUAAUAAUUUUCUCCUACACUUUUAUUGUCUCCACCAUUCUGAGCAUCAGUUCUUCUACAGGUAGAAGAAAAGCUUUCUCCACCUGCUUCUCCCACAUCACCACAGUGCUCCUGUUUUAUGGUUCAGCUGUUUUACGCUAUAGUACACCAAAUUCUGAUUCACCACUGGAGUUGAUCUUCUCUGUGCAGUACAGCGUGAUCACUCCCCUGCUGAAUCCUCUCAUCUACAGCCUGAAAAACAAUGAGGUAAAAACAGCUAUCAAAAGGAGUUUGAAAAAAUAUCUUCAGUAUUUCACAGAGAGAUGGUAG